AUACAUUCCAAUCGGAAAAACCAAGUUGCUUCCCUCUCUCUCUCUCUCUCUCUUAAAAGCAGACGAGGCCACGAGGCUGUUAUAGAGAGAGAGAAAGUAGGGGGAGAGAAAGUCGGAGAAACGUUCAAGAGCGAGAGAGAAUGCAGAGAGCGUAGAAGGAGAGAGAGAGAGAGAAUAUUUCCUCCUCCAUUUUUCCCACCUUCUCCCAUUUUUUUUCCCCGGCCGCUUUUGCCGGCCGGAACCCCGACAUUCUUCGUUCGCCUUCUCUGAUUCUACCGGACCGUUCUCGUUCGGUUCUAUCAUUCAUUCGAACAGAACCCAAAAUGGAUAGUUUGAGAAGUCCAUUCAAAGGGGUCAUCAAAGACAUCAAAGGAAGGUUACCAUGCUACAAGCAAGACUGGAAAGAGGCUUGUUGUGGCUUUAGGAUAUUGGCUCCAACUGCAUAUAUCUUUUUUGCUUCUGCUCUUCCUGUUAUUGCAUUCGGCGAGCAGUUGAGCCGGGAAACAGACGGAAGCUUGAGCACGAUUGAAACUCUUGCUUCUACUGCUAUUUGUGGAAUCAUCCACUCAAUACUUGGUGGACAGCCUCUCUUGAUUUUAGGAGUUGCAGAACCCACAGUUAUUAUGUACACUUAUCUGUACACAUUCAGUAAAGGAAGGCCAGAGUUGGGGCGGGAGCUCUUUCUUGCUUGGGCGGGAUGGGUUUGCAUCUGGACCGCUGUGCUGCUGUUUCUUCUUGCAAUAUUCAAUGCUUGCACAAUCAUCUCUAGAUUUACAAGGCUUGCGGGGGAACUUUUUGGCAUGCUAAUUGCUGUUCUUUUCAUACAAGAAGCCAUUAAGGGGGUUGUGAGCGAGUUUAGUAUCCCAAAAUCUGAAAAUCCGCAUGAAGAGAAGUUUCAAUUCCAGUGGCUUUAUACAAAUGGGCUGCUGGCCAUUGUUUUCUCUUUUGGUGUGCUUUUAACUGCUCUGAAGAGCAGACGAGCUAGGUCUUGGCGUUAUGCCACAGGGUGGUUGCGAAGUUUCAUUGCAGACUAUGGCGUUCCCCUUAUGGUAUUGUUAUGGACAGCACUAUCUUACAGUGUCCCUGGCAAAGUUCCUUCUGGAGUUCCCAGGAGGCUCUUUUGUCCUCUUCCUUGGGAAGCCGGAUCAUUGUACCAUUGGACGGUGGUCAAGGAUAUGGGGAAGGUCCCAGUGGCAUAUAUCUUCAUUGCCAUUCUACCAGCUGUGAUGAUUGCAGGUUUAUACUUCUUUGACCACAGUGUAGCUGCACAGAUGGCACAGCAGAAGGAAUACAAUCUCAAAAACCCCUCCUCUUACCAUUAUGACUUGUUUUUGCUCGGAUUCAUGACUUUACUUUGUGGCUUGCUUGGACUCCCUCCUUCCAACGGAGUCCUCCCUCAAUCACCUAUGCACACUAGGAGUCUUGCAGUUCUCAAGAGGCAGUUGAUUAGAAAGAAGAUGGUGAAGAGUGCCAAGGAAUGCAUUAAAAUGCAAGCAAGCAACUCAGAAAUCUAUGGAAAGAUGCAAGCUGUGUUCAUUGAGAUGGACACUUCUCUAGCUCAGCAAAAUGAUUCCGUACAUAAGGAACUGGAGAACUUGAAAGAGGCAGUAAUGAACAGCAAAGAUGGAGGAGAAGCUAAGGGAAAAUUUGAUCCUGAGAAGCACAUUGAUGCUCACUUGCCUGUCCGAGUUAAUGAGCAAAGAGUGAGCAAUUUAUUGCAAUCUCUCCUCGUGGGCGGUGCAAUGUUGGCCAUACCUGUGAUCAAGAUGAUACCCACCUCAGUUCUUUGGGGAUACUUUGCUUACAUGGCCAUCGAUAGCCUCCCUGGUAAUCAGUUCUGGGAGAGGUUGUUGCUGCUUUUCAUUACUCCUCGUCGUCGUUUUAAAGUCCUGGAAGAGGUCCAUGCUUCAUUUGUGGAAUCGGUUCCAUUCAGAUACAUCGCCACAUUUACACUUCUCCAGCUUGUGUAUUUCCUGAUUUGCUUCGGGGUCACAUGGAUACCAAUAGCUGGAAUCUUGUUCCCAUUACCUUUCUUCCUUCUAAUAAGCAUAAGAGAACAUCUUCUUCCAAAAUUCUUCCCACCUCAAUAUCUUCAGGAAUUAGAUGCAGCUGAGUACGAAGAAGUCGCUGGGCUUCCAGUCCAUGUAAGGAGUCUGUCAUUCAGGGAGAGAGAACAAUCUAGCGAUGGGGAAAAUCCAGACAUGGGUUUAUCUUCUCAAGAGAUAUUGGAUGAGAUAACAACCCACAGAGGCGAGUUGAAGCUGCGAUCGGUAAGCUUCCCAGAACAGCAGUUUCCGGUCUACCCAGAAGAUCAUGGCCAGAUAUGAAUAGAGCUGAUUCGAUGGCAUUGGUGCUAAUUAUACUUGAGAGAAGAGUGUUCAAGAAAAGCUUAUCCUCUCGUCGAUAACUGUGGUUGAUAAUAGGGCCACUAGAUAUCUGAAAAGCCAAAGAAGAGAACAGAAGAACAACAUAAGAAAAGGAAUUAGAGAAGUGUAAAAGGGAAUGAAAGAAUGAAGCACUUCAGGCAUAUAACUGAUACUAUAUCUUACUGUAUAUUCCCAGUAGGUGAGGCCACUAGCUAGGUUGCUUACAGGAUGGUUUUUUUAGUCCUUAAAUCGCGACUUAUAUAUUUUUGCUAAGGAAAUUGCCAGAAAACAGGUACGAAGAGACAGGACAAAGUCCUCUGUUUACUUUCUGUCGAUCAAAACUGCUGAAUGAAGAGUUUAGGUACC